GAAAGAAGUUUCACGGAUUAGCUCUUUGUGCCUCGCUUUUCCUCUGAAGGUCAAAGGGAUAUUGACAUUCCUCCUAUCUACUGGGGGGUGUGCUUCCCAGGGCAGGAGAAGUCAGGAGCUGCCAGGCAGGCCAGAUCUUUCAUGACUCCAUUCUUCUUGUAACCCAGCAUGUCUUCAGAGUUGCCUACACUUUUGCAAGAACACCAGAAAAUGAACAAAUCCCAGAAAUUCCAGGCAUCAGUGUCAUUUAAGGAUGUGACUGUGGGCUUCACCCAGGAGGAGUGGCAGCAUCUGGACCCCACUCAGAGGUCCCUGUACAGAGAUGUGAUGCUGGAGAACUACAGCAACCUUGUCGCAGUGGGCUAUUGUGUUACCAAACCAGAGGUGAUCUUCAGGUUGGAGCAAGGAGAGGAGCCAUGGAUAUUGGAGGAAGAAUUCCCAAGCCAGAGGUUUCCAGACAUCUGGAAACCUGAUUACAUGACAGAGAGGAGCCAAGACAACCAGUUUCACCACGUGUGGAAAUUUGUGUUCAUGAAUAACAAAACACUGAUUAAAGAACAAAGUAAUGUAAUACGAAAACCGUAUAGCUUGGAUACAGAUUUUUUUACUUCCAGAAAAAUACUCUGUCAGUGUGACUCAUGUGGAAUGAGUUUCAACUAUAUUUCAGGAUUGAUUAUCAAUAAGAAAAACUAUUUAGGAAAGAAGACUGAUGAAUUUAAUGCUUGUGGAAAGUUACAAUUCAAUAUUAUACAUGAGAAAACUCAUACUAGAGAGAAAAGUGAAUUUUUUAAAAAUGGGAAAACUUUCAGUCAUAAUGAGGACCCUAUUCAACAUGAGAAGGUUCAAACUUUGCAGCGAAAUUCUGAUUUUAAAACAUAUCGAGAAACCUUUUGUGAAAAGGCAAUAUUUAAUAUGCACAAGAGAGAUAUCACAGAUGGGAAUGAUUGUGAAUAUAAUGAAUAUGGAAGAACAUCCUGCGAGAACCCAUCCUUCUUAUUACAUCAGAUAAUGCCUUUAAAGGAAAAUCACUAUGAAUUUAGUGUUUGUGGGAAAUCCUUAUGUGUGAAUUCUACACUUUUAAAGUCUCAUGGGUCAUAUAUGAAACACUGUGAUUAUAAUGAAAAUGGAAAUAAUUUCAGGAGGAAGUUAUACCUCUCACAACUUCAGAAAACUCAUAAAGGAGAGAAACACUUUGAAUGUAACGAAUGUGGGAAAACUUUCUGGAUGAAGUCACACCUCACUCGACAUCAGAGGAUACAUAUAGGACAGAAAAGCUUUCAAUGUAAUGAAUGUGGAAAAAAGUUUUGGGAGAAGUCAAACCUCACUAAACAUCAGAGGUCACACACAGGGGAGAAACCCUAUGAAUGCAAUGAAUGUGAGAAAGCCUUCAGCCACAAGUCAGCCCUCACAUUACACCAGAGAACACAUACAGGGAAGAAACCCUAUCAAUGUAAUGCAUGUGGGAAAACUUUUUACCAGAAGUCAGAUCUCACUAAACAUCAGAGAACACACACAGGUCUGAAACCCUAUGAAUGCUAUGAAUGUGGGAAGUUCUUCUGUAUGAAUUCACAUCUCACAGUGCACCGGCGAACUCAUACAGGUGAGAAACCCUUUGAAUGCCCUGAGUGUGGGAAAUCUUUCUGUCAGAAGUCACAUCUUACACAACAUCAGAGAACUCACAUAGGGGAUAAACCCUAUGCAUGUAAUACAUGUGGCAAAGCUUUCUACCAAAAGUCUGUACUCACCAGACAUCAGAUAAUUCAUACAGGGUUGAAACCUUAUGAAUGUUACAAAUGUGGAAAAACCUUCUGCUUGAAGUCUGACCUCACAGUACAUCAGAGAACUCACACAGGGGAGAAACCCUUUUCAUGUCCUGAAUGUGGAAAAUUCUUCAGCCAUAAGUCCACCCUCUCUCAACAUUAUAGAACACAUACGGGGGAGAAACCCUAUGAAUGUCAGGAAUGUGGAAAAAUAUUCUAUAAUAAAUCAUACCUAACAAAACAUAAUAGAACACAUACAGGGGAGAAGCCAUAUGAAUGCAGUGAAUGUGGGAAAACCUUCUGCCAGAAAUCACAGCUGACUCAGCACCAGAGAAUUCACAUAGGGGAGAAACCCUAUGAAUGUAGUGAGUGUGGAAAGGCUUUCUGUCAUAAGUCAGCUCUAAUUGUGCACCAGAGAACUCAUACAGAUGAAAAGCCCUAUAAAUGUAAUGAGUGUGGCAAAUCUUUCUGUGUGAAGUCAGGACUUAUUUUACAUCAAAGAAAACACACAGGGGAGAAACCCUACAAAUGUAAUGAAUGUGGAAAAUCAUUCAGUCACAAAUCAUCCCUCACAGUGCAUCACAGGGCUCACACAGGAGAGAAGGCUUGUCAAUGUAAUGAAUGUGGGAAAAUUUUUUACCGAAAAUCAGACCUUGCUAAACAUCAGAGAUCACACACAGGGGAGAAGCCCUAUGAAUGUAACAUGUGUGGAAAAUACUUCUCGCAGAAGUCAAACCUCAUUGUACAUCAGAGAACACACAUGGGAGGAAAAUUUUAUGAUUGA